AUGAUAACUCAACCCGGUCUAGCAGCGCCCGUCGAUAAGCCCAAAGAAGAAAAGUUAAAUCUACCAGAAGUUCAAGAUCAUCUGUGGAUCGCUGGGCAACGUGAACACAUCGAAAACUUCGAAGCAUCAGAUGUGUUAUUCGUUGGUGAUUCGAGUACCGACCUCCCGGAUGAUGAUUAUACGACCUUAGUACCGCCGGUGAAACAAGUCAAUGGUGCAAAUCGAAAAUUACCACAAGUGCCAAUUAUUGUAGAAAACAAAGAAAAUGAAUCACCGGCUGCAAACACGAAACGAUCUCAUGCAAAUACAACCGAUCGACAGAAAACCAAUGUAAUCGGAACAUCAAGACGACAACUGAGUCUUAAUCGUGGACUGACAAAUCGUGCUCAAUCGGCUCCAUCAUCACCCGCUCUGUCAUAUAACAAUAAACAAAAACCAAGACGGAAUCAAAUGUUGCUCGAUCACAUGGAUAUAGAAACGAAAUCUAUAUCAAGUGAUCAAGGUUCAAUAUCGACUAAUAGUCCAAAUAAUAGUUUAUCAUCAGGUUCACUUGAAAUUCGUUUGAAAUUUGACGCUAAAAACAGUAAGAUGUGGGUUUUCGUGAUCAAAGCAUCAUUAGAUAUGAAUCAACGUGCAUCAAAACAAUUACUUGUACAAAUACAUCUAACUAUGUUGCCGAAUAAACGAAUUCGUUUUCGUACACGAGCCAAGCCUGCUGAUAAUGCGAUGUUUGCUGAAGAAUUCUUCUGUAAAGUCUCACCUGAAUCUAUACAAACACAAGGCAUCCGGUUUCGAUUAUACACAAAUGAACGUUUCAAACGGGAGAAACUUCUCGCCGAAGCCACGGUCAUGUUUGGUUUAGUCAAUCUUGAUGAAGAUAUGUGUAAGAUCAUUCCAUUAGAACGUGUUUACGUGUCUGAUGAUUCGGAUGUAAGCAGUUCACGUUCACGAACAAGUAGCAUCGCUCCGUCCAGAAAAAAUUCUGUGAUUACGAGCACGGGACCGAGUAGCUCGCUUUUACCCGAACUUGAAAUCGGUCUAGCUUAUGAUAGAAAUCAAUCGAUUCUGAUUCUUGAGAUAGGAAAAGGUAUCAAUUUCGGUAUGGCAUCACAAGGACGAGCACCGGACGCUUUUGCUCAGAUCACACUUCUCAAUGCAAAUGGUGUAGAAAUGGUAUCAAAUCGCACAGUUACACGUCGUACUCAACAUCAUCCUGUUUUUGCUGAACGUUAUCCAUUUAACAUUCAAGAGAGUCUGCUCGAUCAAAUCACACUUGUAAUUACGAUUAUCAAUAAAAGUUCCACUGGAAAACAUGAUCGAAAUCUUGGAUGGAUAUCAUUCGGUACAGUUAAUUUCUGUUCUUUUUCCCCUUAUCUAAAAUGUUCCUUUGAACUUAAUGAACUUGUAGGACACGGUGCCAGUGGUAAUACUCAAGUUGCUCAUUGGGAUUCGAUGCUCAAUGCACAAGGUGAUACAAUAACACGAUGGCAUGCUUUACUAGAAAGUUAA